AUGUCGCAACUCCUAAUACUGAAGGCCGUUACUAUUGCCAUAAUCGGGCUCCUCAUUUAUCGGCAAUACUUCCGAAAAAGACCCAGCUUACCUCUUCCCCCAGGGCCGAAGCCAUUACCCAUUGUUGGGAAUAUUAAGGAUCUCCCACCGUCAGAUGUUCCAGAGUUCCAGCAUUGGCUUAAGCAUAAAGAUGCUUACGGCCCUGUCAGCUCUGUCUCAGUACUGGGGCUGACAAUCGUUCUCCUUCAUGACAAGCAGGCUGCCCGCGCCCUCCUGGAAAAGCAGUCCAAAGCGUGCUCUGGCCGGCCAAGUACACUUUUUGGUGGCAAAUUGUGCGGUUACGGGAAAUGGAUUGUCAUGCAGCAGAAUGACGAUAACCUCCGUCGAUCUCGCAAGCUCAUGCACCAGCAGCUUGGUACGAAGUCGCUGGUUGCAGCCGAGUUCUCCAAGAUUCAAGAGGCGGAGGUGCAUCGGUUUCUGUACAGAAUGCUCAAGAAUCCAGACACUUUGGUUCAACACCUAAAAACCAAGGCCAGCGCCAUCAUAUCCAAGGUCGUUUAUGGUUAUACAAUUGAGCCACACAAACAUGAUCCCCUGGUAGAGUUGGUCGAACUUAAUAUGGCCAACGCUCAAAGUGCCUCAACACCAGGCGCUUGGAUGGUCGAUCUCAUUCCCGCUCUCAACUAUCUACCCAGUGGUCUCCCUGGCACAGGUUUUAAGAGGAUAGCCCGCCAAUGGAGUAAGAUCAACCAGAUGUCAACAGAGGUUCCGUACAAAUUUGUUCAACGCCAGGUUGCGGCUGGAAGCCACAGCAAGUCAUUUGUGUCCAAGCUGGUCGAGCAACAGGUUCAGAAAGGCAGUACAGACGGCCUCAAGUUUAGCCGCGACGAAGACGAUAUUCAAUGGUCCGCUGCAAUGUUAUACAAUGGAGGACUCGAUACCACGGUCGCCAUCUUAAGUGGCUUUUUUAUGGCCAUGGCCAUGUUUCCUCAGGUGCAGCACAAAGCCCAAGAGGAGAUUGACCGUGUCAUAGGCGUGGAUAGGCUCCCGGGGUUUGCAGAUCGGCACAAGUUGCCUUAUAUUGAUGCUGUUGUUCAAGAAGCAUUUCGCUGGAACCCUACUGCUCCGCUAGGGUUUCCUCAUAUGGCCUCCGAGGACACAACUUACAAUGGCAACUUGAUACCCAAGGGAGCAAUUCUGUUUGCCAACAUAUGGUGGUUUUGUCACGAUCCCGAAAUAUACGCAGAUCCUGACGUAUUCAACCCUGAAAGGUACUUGGAGCCGCGUAAUGAGCCUAAUCCUGUCCCAGAAAUUUUCGGAUUUGGGCGAAGAGUUUGUCCAGGACAGCAUUUGGCAGAGUCGAGCGUGUUCCUCACCGUUGCUCAAACUCUGGCGGCUUUCAGGAUCAGCAAGGCAACUGAUCAGCAGGGUAGGGAGAUUGAUAUUCAGCUCAACACCAAUACUGGCUUAAUCAACCGUCCAGUAAACUUCCCUUACAAGCUCUCGGCCAGAAGCAAAGGAUAUGCCGAUCUCGUCAACAGCAUGGAAGUACAGCAUCCUUGGGAGAAGAGCGAUGCUGAUCUGCUCGAGCUCGAAGGUCUCCAUCACUGA